AUGCCUCCAAAUAUUGCCGCGCUGUCUGAGUACCAGAUACGGAGUUUUUUCAACCAGAAUGAUUCCGUCACCCGGGAGCAAUGUGACGCAGAAGCCCAGCGAUUCACGGGCCAGCCCGUCACAGCAACACCUUCCCAGGGCGGAACUAGUUACACCGUUGAAGGGGGAGAUGUCGUCGUCCAGUUCCGUGUUCCAACCUCCACCUUGGACAUGGUUUUUGUCCGAGAUAUCGAACGAACCUACCAGGGCUUUGUGCCACGACACGAGUACCAAGGCCAGCUUGGUCAAGUCCAUAUUUACACCAUGAACAACGUUGGAGGGUCCUGCAUAUUCCUUGCGUCGGCAUAUCACAACACUCCCCCCGAGAUGGCCUGCCCAGAUGGCAACCAACUGCUUGGGACCUAUCUGCCACAACUCCAACAGCUGCGCCAAGGGCUUCCCGAGCGGUUUUUCCCCACCCUUGACCAGCUCAUCCACCAACUACCUGACCUCUUUGCUGAAGGCUGGCCGCUUGUGCCCAACCAUGUCGAUCUUCUCGAGAACAACAUUCACGUGGACGUGGCCACCGGUAAGAUUGUGGGAAUCUGCGACUGGAGAAACGCCGAGGUUUCUCCCUUCGGGAUGUCGCUAGGGGGUCUCGAGACCAUGCUUGGGGUGGCGACGACGAGUGGAAGCUUCUGGCGUUACCACCCGAAUCACGAGGUGCUCCGAGGUCACUUUUGGACCAGGUUCUACCACUACCUGGGAGGCGCAUCUGACAAUGUGAGGCGGCGUAUCGAGACUGCCCGACUGAUUGGUCUCUUCUUGGCCAAUGGUUUUGAGCAUGACAAGCCGGCAACGGAGGAGAGCGAGGAUUUGCAAUUCCUCAGCGCGGUCCUCCUCAAGUGA